GCCAUGUGACUGGGGACUGUUACAAAGCAUCUUUCGCCUCCCCUCUCCGCCUUGCCGUUAUUUGUGCUGAGUCACGGCGCGUUGCUUCCCGGUGCUGCAGAGAGUCUUGCGGCCGCUGCUGCACCGCUAGGUUUCCCAUGGGGACGGACGGCGCUCGUGCUCUCUUGGAGCAGGCCACUACUCUCACCCUGCAGACCGGCAACCUCCUCAACUGGGGCUGCCUGCGCAAGAAGUGCCCGGCUACCCCCAGCGAGGAGGUGCGGGACUGCAUUCAGAAAACACUGACUGAAUGGAGCUCAAAAAUUGGACCAAAUCUAAAUCAGGAAAUACUGGAGAUUCUGGAAUGUUCUGUAGCUCAAGCUAUAGAAAAAAUAAAUCCUGAAGAACGGGAUGAAUUGAAAGUGUCAGCUAAGCUUUUCCUCGUUGGAUCAAAUUCUUCAUCGAUCAGAGAUGCAGUUGACCUGGCAUGUUCUGCCCUUGGUGUUGCGCAGUUAGACUCAGUCAUUAUUGCCCCACCUCCUGUUGAAGAUGGAACUAGCUUCUCCUUGGAGUACCUGCAACCUUAUUGGCAAGAACUUGAAAAUUUAGUUCAAAACAAGAAGAUUGUUGCCAUAGGUACCUCUGACCUAGAUAAAACACUGUUAGAGCAGCUCUAUAUGUGGGCACAGGUGAAACCAAGUAGUAAUCAGGUGAAUCUAGCUUCCUGUUGUGUAAUGCCACCUGAUCUUACAGCAUUUGCAAAAGAGUUUGACAUCCAACUCUUGACUCACAAUGAUCCAAAAGAAUUACUUUGUGAAGCAAGUUUCCAAGAAGUUCUUCAGGAAAGCAUCCAGAAUAUGAAAGCACACGAGUGGAUUCCUUUAUGGCUUCUCCGAUAUUCAGUCAUUGUUAAAAGCAGAGGAAUUAUCAAGUCCAAAGGCUAUAUCAUACAAGCUAAAAGAAAUGUCUCUUAAAACACUUGCUUUUCCUUUUUCUUAAUGGCCUACUGUUUUAAUUUCUUGGGAAUGGGGGAGAAAUUGCUUUUUUUUUCAUAGAAAUAAUUUUACAGCAUUUGUAACAAAGACCAAAAGUUGUAAUUACUCGGUGGCAUGUCAUCAGGAGUGUCUGCAGUGUUCUAACACUAUUUUCUUUCUUAACCUAUUCACUUAUAAUAUUAAGUAUUUUGCAUUUAUUUUUAUUUGAAAUUAUAGAGAAACCGUUUAAAAUAUUUUUCUUUGUAUGACCAGUUCACUGUAA